AUGAGUGAGGUUCUCGGGCAUCCAGUUUUCUCAAGCUGGCAAUGGUACGCACGACUGGAAGCGUUCAAGGAUUUCAAAAACGUACCUUUGAAUAAAUCCAGCACCGAGUCCUUCGAGGACUUCGACCGGUGUAUGGGAGCAAUAAACGAUGAGCACUGGACGUUGCAUGUGAGCCGCUGCCUUACACCACAUGUUUGCUUCAGUCGUUUGAAGAGAGAUGUCGACUGCGUAGCGGUACGAGCUGAGUAUGAUUUCUUCCGAUCUGGCUACGGUUACUUCCUACAGACGACCAACGUCACCAUUACUUCGUCGGAUCCCAACUGUGAAGCACCGGUUCCCCAAAUCGUUGCUGGAAAUCACUAUUUCGCUCCUUGA